UUCUGGUCGAGUCGCCACCAGCCUUUUCUGGUAUCCAGGUUCUGCCUUAGACCCGGCGCGAUGGGCAAAAAGGGCAAGAAAGAGAAGAAGGGCCGCGGGGCGGAGAAAACGGCCGCCAAGAUGGAGAAGAAGCUGUCCAAGCGCUCGCGGAAGGAGGAGGAAGACCUGGAAGCCCUCAUAGCCCAUUUCCAGACCCUGGAUGCCAAAAAGACCCAGGUCACAGAGACCCUGUGCUCUCCACCCUCCCCGCGGUUAAAUGCGUCCCUGUCUGCUCACCCUGAGAAAGAUGAAUUAAUCCUUUUCGGAGGUGAAUAUUUCAAUGGCCAAAAAACCUUUGUGUAUAACGAGCUCUAUAUCUACAGUAUCAGGAAGGACACCUGGACAAAAGUCGACAUCCCAGGUCCACCUCCACGGCGCUGUGCACACCAGGCUGUGGUGGUACCUCAGGGCGGCGGUCAGCUGUGGAUCUUCGGCGGGGAGUUUGCAUCUCCCGAUGGAGAGCAGUUCUACCAUUACAAGGAUCUCUGGGUCCUGCACUUGGCCACCAAGACCUGGGAGCAAAUCAGAUCAACAGGAGGUCCUUCUGGUCGAAGUGGACAUCGGAUGGUAGCCUGGAAGCGACAGUUAGUUCUUUUUGGUGGCUUCCACGAAAGCACAAGGGAUUACAUCUACUACUGUGAUGUGUACACCUUCAGCCUGGACACCUUCCUGUGGAGCAAACUGUCCCCAUCGGGCCCUGGGCCUGCACCCAGGUCUGGCUGCCUGAUGGCUGUCACCCCCCAGGGUAGCAUAGCCAUCUAUGGGGGCUACUCAAAGCAGAGAGUUAAGAAAGAUGUGGACAAAGGUACCCAGCACUCAGACAUGUUCCUGCUGAAGCCUGAGGAAGGGGGAGAAGGCAAGUGGACCUGGACCCGGAUUAACCCUUCAGGAGUCAGGCCCACCACAAGGUCCGGCUUUUCUGUGGCUGUGAUUCCAAAUCAUCAGACUCUUGUCUUUGGGGGUGUGUGUGAUGAGGAAGAGGAGGAGAGUCUGGAGGGCAUGUUCUUCAAUGACCUGUACUUCUAUGAUGCCACCAGGAACCGCUGGUUUGCGGGACAGCUGAAGGGCCCCAAGUUGGAGAAGAAGAGACGGAGGCGGGGCAGAGCAGAGGAGAGUGAAGGUGCUGCUGACCGGGACUGCGGUGGAGCUGACGUGCCAGAGCCCCUGGAGGUGAUCACAGAGGUGGUAUCUGAAGACGGGACUGUGGUCACCAUCCGACAAGUGCUUGCUCCCUCCGGGGUGGUGGGACAGCCCCCACCCGAGGAUGAGAAUGGUGCUGUGGAGGCCAGCGGCCCUAGCGUAGAGCCUUGUCCGCGCUCCAAUGCCAUGCUGGCUGUCAAACAUGGACUGCUCUAUGUCUAUGGUGGUAUGUUUGAAGCCGGCGACCGCCAGGUGACCCUCAAUGACCUGUAUUGCCUUGACCUCCACAAGAUGGAAGAAUGGAAGACCUUGGUGGAGAUGGAUCCAAAAAUGCAGGAGUGGCUGGAGGAGACGGACUCAGAAGAGGACAGUAGCUCAGACGAAGGUGCAGAAGGAGCGGAUGAGGACCAGGAAGAGGACAGUGGUGAGGAGGAAGCAGACCCACAGCACCCGGAGGUGGUGCCUGGGGAGCAGUAUGCAGAUUACCUGCCCAGGACCGAGCAGUACUGGCUGAAGCUGGCGUGGAACCACGUGGGGCCCGAAGCAAAGGAGAAGAGAGCACUGAAGGUGGCCCAGGCCAUGGCCAAAACAUUCUUUGAUGAGUCAAUUCAAGAUGCUGCACAAGACCAGCGUUAACCUGAGCGACGGCCUCCACAACACUGCUGUCCUUUGAAAUAAACCAGGCCAGACAAGACCCUGCUGAGCUUGUGUUCUGUGUACCCCAAGUAUGCAGUCUAAGAGCUUCAUGCCUCCACGUGGUUCUGCCCACACCAAGGAGAGCUUAGGGUGAGAGGUGAAAUGAGGGAUCCGCAGGACACAUUUCUGACCUAAUAAAGCUGAACUGUG